AUGGCUUCUUCCGCCGCUAGUUCUUCGUUUCCAAUGGCCGUUUUGAGUUCGGCUUGCGUCUUGGUCUUGGUCGGCGCGACCUCGAGCUCGCAGCUUUCCUCGGACUAUUACGACAAAUCUUGCCCCGCCCUCUUCCCCACGGUGAGGCUGGUCGUGGGAGCAGCUAUAGCGAGGGAGGCUCGGAUGGGCGCCUCGCUGCUUCGCUUGUUCUUCCAUGAUUGCUUCGUCAAUGGCUGCGACGGAUCGCUUCUUCUGGACGACAUGCCUACUUUCAUCGGAGAGAAAAAUGCUACUCCAAACAUCAACUCGGUGCGAGGGUUCGAAGUGGUCGACCAAGUUAAGUCCGCCGUGGAGGGCGUGUGCCCAGGCACAGUCUCCUGUGCUGAUCUGUUGGCAAUUAUUGCGCGAGACUCCGUCCUGACUCUUGGAGGGCCAUGGUGGCCAGUGAAGCUGGGAAGAAGAGAUGCAAGAAGUGCAAGUCAAUCCGCCGCCAACGCCGGCAUCCCCCCACCGACGUCGAACCUCGCCCAAAUAAUCAUCUCCUCAGCAUGUGCCGGUCUCUCUGCCAGUGACAUUGUGACUUUAGCUGGGGCCCACACGAUCGGACUAUCGAGAUGCACGAACUUCAGGGACCGGGUCUACAAUGACACCAACAUCGACAUACUGUUGGCCCAGACGAGGAAGCUCAGCUGCCCCGGCAUCGGCGGUGUCGGUGACGACAAUCUGGCUCCGCUCGACUUCCGGAGCCCAGUAACGUUCGACAACAGCUACUACUUGAACCUCGUCCACGGACGAGGCCUCCUUCACUCGGACCAACAGCUCUUCAGCGGUGGGCCCACCGACGCCCUCGUGGAGCUCUACAGCCGAAGCCCGCUCGCCUUCUACGAGGCCUUUGUGGUCUCCAUCACAAGGAUGGGCGACAUCAAGCCCCUGACCGGAUCCAACGGUGAGAUUCGGAGGAACUGUAGGAGGGUUAAUUGA